AUGGCGGACUCGGACAUUGCGGCGACCAUUCUGGAACACGACUCAUUUGCGGCUUCAAAUUAUACUGGUUAUGCCACCUUCGCCCUAAUUCUAUACGAAUAUCUUAUAACAGUAGGCGCUGAAGUCGAGCUAUUCUGGAGGAAGGACAUUACGGGAGCAUCUGUCCUUUUCUUCACAAAUCGCUAUGUCGUGCUGUUAUAUAACCUAUCUCUCUUACGGGACCUAUGGCCAUUCACUCUGCACAGCUGUGCUCAAUGGGCCAAUGGAACACGAGCAGUGGAGAUCUUAUGCUACGUUCCCUGGGGAGCGUUCUCAGCACUACGAGUGUUCGCAUUGACCGACAGAAACUGGAUCCUCGGUCUCACAGUCUUGUUAUUGUCCGUGGGCCCUGUUGCGAUCAAUUUCGCUGAUUUUCACUGGUCGUCCAUUGCAAUUGAUCCUGUAUGGGGUUGCGAGCAAGCUAAUGCCGAGUCACCAGCCCUCUCUACGAAGUUCACUGUCAUAAGCCGUAGCUCGCUCAUCGUCGCUGACCUCAUCGUCAUCGUUGUCACAUGGUUGGCCACGUACAAGACGACCAAGCUGGCGCGUGCGGCUGGGCAUCAGAGCCGCAUGACGUUGUCGGUCUUACUCUUGCGAGACGGCAUGGUGUACUUCCUGGUGCUACUGACAAUGAACGUCAUGCACCUGGCAUUCUCGACAAGUUCGGUGCUCAUCAACGUGGGGAACGGGAAUGUCAGUGAUAUUAUUCAGGUUACAGAACCGAUGAACGCCAUCCUCGUCUGGCGCUUCAUGUUGGACCUUCAGGCGGCCAGAUAUCAGACAAUGGAUCUGUCAACGAUUGUCGUGACGCAGCAAGCAUCGACGCUAUAUUUUGAUCGUGUCAUUGGGUCAAUCGGUGAGGCGGUAGUCCCGGACGCUCUCGAUACAGAGGAGCAAAAGGAUGAAGUGUAA